CAACCUAAUGGUGCAUCAUGUUUUGUGCACUGUUGAUUCCCUGACAAGGAGAAACUCAACUCAAACUGAUUAAAUCGUUGAAUUAAGCUGACUGGAGUGGACAUUUACGUUUCCCAGUUCCAGACACUCAUCAGAAGAGCUAUAUGUAUAUAUCCCCAGUUGGAGCACAGUAUGCUGCUUUGGAUGCAGAAGUAAAUUCCUUCACAACUAGGACAAAAUUAGUGGAUCUUGGUUUCUUUAAAUUGCACAUGCUGUUUAGUUACUUGGGAAUAUUGGAGAUGGCUUCAACACAGCACACAGCACAUGGCACACCUGAAGACUGACGUCUGCCUUUCUGUUUCCAUAUUCCCUUUUUGAUUCCUUCAGUUAGUUGCUCAUUUUCCUUGCCCAGCUGUAUAUAAAGGGCAGUAAUGUAUUUUCUUAGUUAGUUAAAAAUAUUCUUUGGCAAUUGUAUAUAAGCACACGACUGUAAGCUUGCUGCAACAGUAGAAAUACAGAGAGCAUUCUUUUCUUCUCUUUAUCUGAAAUCUUCUUCUUCGAUUCUCUCUGCAUUUCCAUUUCUGACAUGGUAUCAGAGCAGGAUUCACAAGCACUUCAUAUUGGAGAUGAUGAUGUUUCCAAACUCUCCAAUGAGAAGAACUCUUCAGACCGAUACCUGAAUUUUUCUGACCCCUUUAACCCAUUCCGAAUUGAGAAAGGUGAUGACCUUGAUGCUGCAUUGGUCUCUGACCUCCUUACUGCUGAUAAUUAUGUCAGCUGGUCGCGUGCUGUUAGCCGAGCUCUUCGUGCGAAGAACAAACUCGGAUUCAUCAAUGGCACGCUUCUUAAACCUUCUGCUUCUUCAGAUCCUGUUCUUGAAGCCUGGGAGAGGUGCAAUGAUCUGGUUGUGUCUUGGCUGCAGAAUUCUGUAAGUGCUUCUGUGAAAUCAAGCCUGGCUUUAGUUGAUGAUUCCAGAAUGCUGUGGGUGGAACUGAGGGAUCGUUUUACUCAACAAAAUGGUCCUUGCAUCUUUCAACUUAAACGUGAUUUAGCUGCUUCAUCACAAAGUCAGGAUUCUGUCGCUAGGUCGUCUCAAAGGUUUGUGGGAUGAGCUUGCUGUUUAUGACCCUCUUCCCAGCUGUGACUGUGGAAAAUUGAAGGUUCUUCAUGAUCGUUACAACCGUGAUUGUGUCAUUCAAUUCCUCAUGGGACUGUCUGACUCUUACUCAAACACAAGAGACCAGAUUAUGCUCCUUGAUCCCCUACCACCUCUUAAUCGAGUGUUCUUUAUGGUUCAGCAACAAGAACGACAACACCAAAUCAUUCCCACCUCUGCCCCCUUUGACCUUAUGGCUAUGAUGGCCAAACCUACCUACAAUCCCACAAAAUACCCUCCCAAGUCCUCCAACUCAAAUACCCAGAAAAACAACCGUCCUUAUUGCUCCCACUGUAAGAUCCCAGGCCACUCUCUUGAUAAUUGUUUUAAGAUUGGCAAUGCUAAACCUCCUUUGUGUUCACAUUGUCACAUGACUGGCCACAUUGUUGCUAAAUGUUACAAACUACACGGCUACCCCCUUGGACACAAGCUCCAUGGGAAACCCAGAAGUUUUGCAGCCACAACCACCCACUCCAGUGCUCUUCUAGAGGCUGAUCAUGAGGUUGUCCCAACAGAAUCUAUGGCAUUUACCAAGAGCCAAUAUCAGCAACUUCUUGCUCUUUUGCAUCCCAAAGAACCCAGCUCACCCAUGGCUGCUCUCUCUGCUGCUCAGCCCUCUCCAUCUCCAUUUUCCAGUCAUGUCAACACCUCUCGGGUUUCUG